CCACUUUAUUUCAGGAUGUAGAAGACAGAAUGAUCACUAUAGCAAUGGAUAUGUGCAGGGUGCAGGUUCUGUGGUUUGAGAUGGUGAGAAAGUGCUCAGCAUCAGUAAGGAAGUGUUGUUUUGUCUGCUCUAUGUGGAUGCUUCUGUUAUUUCCCUCAGCCAUAACCACAUGGAAUUGCACUGAAUUGAACACAACACAGACGGCUCAUCUGGGAAUGUCCAUCACAGUCAGCAUUCAUUACAGCACAGACAGCAGUCUACAUUCUGUUAUAUAUUUCAGAAGAGACCAUUUACUGUGUUCCUACAUUUUCCUAAAUAAAUCCUGGAUUAAAGCAUCAUGUGAAAGCCAUAUCAGAUUUAUCUGGAUUCAAGAAACAGAGGAAAUAUCAUUUGAGCUGUUAAAUCUUCACAUAAGUAAUUCUGGUGUUUACACUUUAACUGUGGAACAGCACGUACCACCUCCUACAAGAUGUGUGGGAAAGAAGACAAUAUUCAUACAAGUAACAGCAUAUCCAAUAGUGUCUAUGUCAUGUGUGAAGAGGCCUGACAGAUCUUCCACAAUUCUUUGUGCUGCUGAAGGCUUUUAUCCUGCUGAUCUGGAGCAGGUCUGGUUGAGAGAUGGAGAAUACAUCAGUUACCUGAACACUUCACUUGAAUGUUCAUACGAAGAAAAUCUGAACACCUCUGACAUCAACUGCAACUAUAGGAACAACACAGAUGGAUCCUACAGCCUCACAUCAUACCUAUCAUCACAAACACCACAGAAGGUGAUGUAUUACUGUUGGGUCAAUCACUCAACCCUGAGCCAACCCAUCACUGUCAACAUAUCCUCCACUGAGUGCACUGAGAGGGAAGAGGCAUUAACAGGUUUGUUUGCAGCAUUUGCUGGGAUCAGUUGCAUUUUGAUGGCUUUCAUAGCACUAAUCAUUACAUGCUUUUAUCAACAUCUCAGAAGAAGACUUUAUUUACAGUCUCCAAUAAGAGCUUCUCCAUCGCCUGAGCUUGUGUCCCAUUAUGCAGCACAGACCCAGGUGUACUCAACACUGGGAGAACAUCGGCCUGUUCCAUGUAAGAUCAACAGCAGCCGUACCACGUAUUCCACUGUUUGACACUUCAGCACAUUUAACAUCCAUACUCAAUAAGAAAACAAAUCAUGUCUGUAUACAACUGUAUGUAUAAAGUGGUAUUAAAUACUUCAACAAAGUGUGAAUUCACUUCAAAUAAAGCAUGUUUUGAAGGCU